AGAUUGCUUAGAAUCGCAGAGUGAGGGCCGGCGCUGCCACGGCUUUCCUUCCUUGGAGGCACUCAGCUGAUCCCUGCAGGAAUGGCCCCGGGGCCCAGUGCUUCUCCACCAGUUGUGCUUCUGCUGCUGUCCCUGAUGGGUCUGGCUGCUGCUGGGAAGCUCCUGGUGGUGUGGGUGGAUGGGAGCCCCUGGUUCAGCAUGCAGGAGGGGCUGCACAAGCUUCAGCAGAAGGGACACGAGGUGGUUGUGGUUGCACCUGAAGUGACUUUGCACGUCAAACCAUCAAAGAACUUUGUGAUGAAAAGAUACCCAGUCCCCUUCACACAGGAGGAGUUCGACAAAGGAAUCAAGGCAUUUUUUGAUAUCACAUUUGAAGAAGGAUCUUUUCUGGAAAAAUAUUUUAAAGUACUGGAAGCUCUGAAAAGAUUCACUGAUCUUGCAUUCUCCAGCUGUAGACAUCUUCUGCAAAACAAAGAGCUCAUGAGCUACCUUGAGGAGAGCAAGUUCGAUGCCAUCCUUACAGACCCUGCAAUACCUUGUGGGGUGAUCCUGGCAGAGCAUCUUUCUCUUCCUUCUGUGUAUUUCUUACGAGGAAUCCCAUGUGGGUUUGAAUUUGAAGCCACUCAGUGUCCCAAUCCUCCUUCCUAUGUGCCCAGGGGAUUUGCACAUCUUACAGACCACAUGACCUUUUUCCAGCGGGUGAAGAAUCUGCUCUUUGACACCCAAAAACUUUUCCUCUGUGAUUUUGCCUUUGAACCCUACUCAAAACUGGCUUCGGAGUUCCUGCAGAGGGAGGUGACCAUGCAGGAUCUCUUACGGAAGGGCUCUGUUUGGCUCCUGAGGCUGGAUUUUGUGCUAGACUAUCCAAGACCCUUGAUGCCCAACAUCAUUCCCAUUGGAGGAGCAAACUGUGCUCACAAGAAGCUCUCUCAGGAAUUUGAAGCCAUGGUGAACGCCUCUGGAGAACACGGCAUCAUUGUCUUCUCGCUGGGCUCCAUGGUGUCCGAGAUUCCCAUGAAGAAAGCCAUGGAAAUUGCAGAGGGCUUGGGAACAGUCCCUCAGACGGUCUUCUGGCGCUACACAGGCAAGGCACCCCCCAACCUGCCCAAGAACGUGAAGCUCAUCAAGUGGCUGCCUCAGAACGACCUCCUGGCCCACCCCAAGACUCGUGCCUUCAUCACCCACGGAGGCUCCCAUGGUGUUUAUGAGGGAAUCUGCAAUGCAGUGCCCAUGGUGCUGAUGCCUCUCUUUGGGGACCAGAUGGACAAUGCCAAGCGAGUGGAGUCCCGGGGAGCAGGGCUGACCCUGAACAUCCUGGAGAUGACUUCCAGCGACAUUUCCAAUGCCCUGAAAACAGUGAUCAACGACAAAAAGUACAAGGAGAACAUCCAGCGCCUCUCCGACCUGCACCUGGACAGACCCAUCCACCCUCUGGACCUGGCCGUGCACUGGGUGGAGUUUGUGAUGAGGCACAAGGGGGCCCCUCACCUGCGCCCUGCCGCCCACGACCUCAACUGGGUGCAGUACCACUCGCUGGACGUCAUCGCCUUCCUGGCGGCCGUCACCCUCCUCUCCCUCUUCAUCUCCUUCAAGUGCUGCCUCUGCUGCUGCCGCAGGUGCUUCUGCAGGAAGGGCAGGACGGGGAAGGCCACCAAAGCCAAGUCCCACUAGCACCUGGGAACGGUGGUAGGUGACAAAGCUCCUGCUCCACACCCAGCAGCAGGGUCAGGGAACAGCUUGAAUUUCACUGCAAUGAAUAAAACACUGUGAUUUUCAGUCAAGGAAUGAUAGGGGUCCUUUGAAAUAGCAGCACGAGAAGGGUUGUUCCACUGAUCUAAUUUUGGCCUUUUAAUUAAGAAUGGGUUGUUAAAAGUGUCCUGUGAAGGAGUGCUGCAGUCACUUGGAAAGGUCUGAGUGUGAAAUCCCUGGCCCCUGGCUUCCACCUGUCGGUGUGCAGUGGACUCUCAGUGACUUUUCUUUUAACCUCCACCUGCAGCAGAGAUAUGUGGGGAUUUUGGAGGACUUUAGGAGAACCAUCUGGUCAGAUUUCUGUUUGAAAUCUCUGUGUGGCUGCUGUUGUAGAAGAGGCAAAUGUUGUACACUCACAGUCCCUGUAAGGCAAACCAAGCUCGAUGCACCUCUUUGUGGGUGUUAACAAGACCCUGAACAAAACCAAGCUGCUGGAAAACCACUGAUGUUUCCCCCAAAUUGCCCAUCAGGCAGAUGUGCUGUAGCUGGAGCUCACCUGCUGAUGAGGAGAUCUUUUAUAAACCCCCACAACUGAUUUUCUCUUUGUGAUGCUCAGGGAAAGACCCCAAACCCCAGCCCUAGAAAUAAACCCUGAAUACUACAAAUAAA